CCUACAGCUCUAUAGCAAAGCAGAUGAUCUAGGAAACACAGGCAGGAUCAAGAUCAACUAAAGUCUUAUCAAGUGCCUCUCGAUUGUCGACCAUCCGGCGAGAAUGGUUGUGACGAAGUCGGGCGAGCUGAGGGCGCUGUUCUUGUCACUGGACCGGGACGCGGACGGCAGGAUCUCGGCGGCGGAGCUGCGUGGGUGCAUGCGGGCGACGCUGGGCGAGGACGUGCCGGUCGAGGAGGCCGAAGCGAUGGUGUCGUCGGUAGACGCGGACGGCGACGGGUUGCUGUGCGAGGCGGAGUUCCUUGAGCUGGCGCAGCAAGCGGCCUGGGCGGGCGCGGACGACGAGAACGACGAGCUGAGGAUCCGGGCGCUGAGGGAGGCGUUCGGGAUGUAUGAGAUGGAGGGGCAGGGGUGCAUCACGCCGGCCAGCCUUGGGCGGAUGCUCGGCAGGCUUGGCGCUGAGCAGGGCGCCGGCGAGUGCCGCGCCAUGAUCUGCCGGUUCGAUCUUGAUGGUGACGGCGUGCUCAGCUUCGACGAGUUCAAGAUCAUGAUGAGCUAGAGGCCUGACCCCGGACCCAAGCAUAUACCAUCUCCGUCUUGCAUAUAGCCCCUUCGCUCGUUCAUUCAUUCGAUUGUUACAUGGUAGUAGACUAGUAGUACAAAAUUUGUAGUGAUGAUGCACAGACAGUAAUUGAUCUAUGUGA